UAUAUAAGCUCUUCCCGCUCCUCCCUUCUGUUAGCUACUCUUUGGCCCCUCCUCCGCCUCCUCUUCAUUCUCCCACACGGCAGCCUCCCCCACAAGUGCAGAAACAGCUUCAUUACACACAGAGAGAGAGAGAGAGAGAGAGAGAGAGAGAGAGAGAGAGAGGGAGGGGGGGAAGGAAGCAUGUCAGUUUGCGAGGACAAGGAGAGACUGAGUGAGCCAUUGGUCGAGGGGAAGUGGGCGAGUCCAACCGAGGCGCCACGGCUCGAGCCCAAGGCGAGAAAGGACGUGACCGCGGCCGUGGUGGAGGCAAGGUCCAUACUGUGCCUGGCCUCCCCCAUGGCGCUCGCCGGCCUCCUCCUCUACUCGCGUUCCCUUGUCUCCAUGAUCUUCCUCGGCCGCCUCGGCCGUCUUCCACUUGCUGGCGGUGCGCUGGCCAUCGGGUUUGCUAACAUCACCGGAUAUUCCGUGCUCUCCGGACUCGCCAUGGGCAUGGAGCCCAUCUGCGGCCAGGCCUUCGGCGCCCGCCGCCCUGCCCUCCUCGGCCUCGCCCUCCACCGCGCGGUCCUGCUCCUCCUCGCCGCUUCCCUCCCCGUAUCCGCCCUCUGGGUCUCCAUGCGCCGCCUCCUCCUCCUCUGCGGCCAGGACGACGACAUCGCCGCCGCCGCCCAUGCCUACGUCCUCGCCUCCCUCCCCGACCUCCUCGUCCAGUCCUUGUUGCAUCCCAUCCGCAUCUACCUCCGCUCCCAGUCCAUCACCCUCCCUCUCACUUACUGCGCUGCCGCCGCCGCCGUCUUCCACCUCCCCGUCAACUACGUCCUCGUCUGCGUCCUCCGCCUCGGCAUCCGCGGCGUCGCGCUGGCCUCCGUGUGCACCAACCUCAACCUCCUCCUCCUCCUCCUCGUCUACAUCUACCACUCCGGCGUGCAUGAGCGCACGGGGGCGCUCAACAUCACGGCGGAGAGCUUCAGGGGCUGGCGGUCGCUGCUCAACCUCGCGAUACCCAGCUGCAUUUCGGUGUGCCUCGAGUGGUGGUGGUACGAGAUCAUGGUCCUGCUCUGCGGCCUCCUCCUCGAUCCCAAGUCCACCGUCGCGUCCAUGGGAAUCCUAAUCCAGACCACCUCGUUGAUCUACAUUUUCCCCUCCUCCCUCAGCUUCGGCGUGUCGACGCGCGUCGGCAACGAGCUGGGCGCGAACCGCCCCGACCGAGCCCGUCGCGCGGCCACGGUGGGCCUGGCCUGCGGCGCCGCGCUGGGGCUCCUCGCCUUCGCGUUCGCGGUGGCGGUCAGGAACGCGUGGGCGCGCAUGUUCACGUCCGACGGCGCCAUCGUGGGGCUGACCGCCGCCGUGCUCCCCAUCGUCGGCAUGUGCGAGCUGGGCAACUGCCCGCAGACGACGGGAUGCGGCGUGCUGCGGGGAAGCGCCCGCCCCCGCACCGGGGCCAACAUAAACCUCGGCUCCUUCUACGGCGUGGGGAUGCCGGUUGCCGCGGCGCUGGCCUUCUGGGGCGGCCUGGACUUCCCCGGGCUGUGGCUCGGCAUGCUCGCGGCGCAGGCCACGUGCGUCGCGCUAAUGCUGCUGGUCAUCCACCGCACCGACUGGCAGCUGCAGGCCCAGCGGGCGCAGCGUCUCACCGGCGGCCCUCUCAACACCGACGCCACAGUCGUCGUCGUCGUCGUCCAAGACAACGAUCUCGACGCAAUCAAGCAAGCCGCAAAGCUCGGAGCCCAACAACACUGAGAAGUCUGUGUGUGUGUGCGCGCGAUUCAUUUGUUGGUCAAACCAUUGACCGAUUGACUGCAUUCCGCAGUAGUCGAUUGAGCUUCAUCGCUUGUUCCAUUCGUCGCCAUCACCCAAAUUCUUGUGAUCUUUUCGCAUGUGAAGGGAUCAAAUACUGUAGCAAAAGGGAAGAACAAUAAAACUCCUCAAGCUUCACACCACUCGACU